CUCAAGAAAAGAAAAAAUGAAAAAAAAAUCAGAGAUGAGGAGAAGAGAAACAACAAUGGCAGCUGGACCACCGCGACAUCACCUUCUCCACCACUGUUCCUUCUCCAUGUGUUUUUGAUUUAUGAAUCUGCCAAUCUUCGCUGUGAGAUUUGGAUUCCGUUUUGUGAAUUUUGUUUUGUUCCGCACCAAUGGAGGCAUUGGUGGAGCUUUGUGACCUGAUUGCCAAAAACCCCAAGCAAUUCGCCGAUAAGCUCGCCUGGAUUUGCGGAAGGUGCCCGCAGCCGGAGUCCUUGCUCGUCGGAUCGCCUAGGGUUUCGCGGUCCCAGCUCAAUGCGGUUCUCGCCGUGGCGCGGUUCCUCUCUAAGUGUCCUGAUUACACGGAUAAUCGGGUCAAAUCGGUGGUGCUUGAGUUCCUCCGAGCUGUUCCGUCGUCUUUUCGUCGGUCUUUCUGGCCGCAGUCGUACGGAGUCGAAGCGAUCGCGUUGUUUUACGUUGAUUUCUUAGUGUACGUAUCGGCGUGCGGGGAAAUGUCUCCGGAUUUUGCCACGGAGAUUGGUGGGAUCAUGGGGGAGGUGGUUUUGGACGUGAUUAAUAACAAUGACGCCGAUGGAAAUGAUAUGGCGAUUAGGAGGGCCUUCUUGUCCGCAUUGUCGCAGAAUUUCCCACCAAUUUCGUCGUCAGAUGCUGAAACAAUGAUAACGUGCCUUCUUGAUCAAUUGCCAAUAUCAGUCCCUGCAUCGCCAAAGGAACAAAUUCCUGUGAAUUCUGAGACGUCUUCAUCUCAGAGCUCGCCAUUGAGUGCGAAUUUUCAGGGAAAUGAGGGUGCAAGCCCAGCCAAUGAGAGCUUGAGAGGGUCUACAGUGGCAAAUGGAGGGAGUGUUUAUUGGAAGAGUGGGGCUGAUCAGCUAGGUAAUGUGAAUUUUGGGUUCAAUGAUGGAGGUGCUUCUAUCUCUAGGCACCAGGUUGCUUUGUUUGAGGAAGAGUCUGUUGAGAGCUUGGAGAAGCAAGAGUUUGCGUUCAAAUUGAUUGCUCACAUACUGCAAACAGUGCACAUUGAUCAAAAACUUCUGGAGCAAGUGAGAUUAGUUGCAAAGAAGCAGUUUCUGUCUAUGUCUGCUUUUCUAAAGAUAAGGAAGCGGGACUGGAAUGAGCAAGGGUCACUUUUAAAAGCCAGAAUCAACGCAAAGUUAUCACUUUAUCAAGCUGCUGCUAGAAUGAAAAUUAAGAGUCUUGCAUGUAUUGAUGCCGACAGUAAAACUUCAAAGAGGUUGGUUCUUGGGGCUCUUGCAUUGCUGAUAGAUGCUGCUGAAUCCUGUUUGCUCUCUGUGUGGAGAAAAUUGAGAGUUUGUGAGGAGCUGUUCAGUUGCCUACUUUCUGGCAUUGCGCAAGUUGCUGUCACUGGGGGAGGACAGCCAUUGCGUGUUUUGCUCAUUCGUCUCAAACCCCUUGUGCUGACAGCAUGUUUACAGGCUGAUACUUGGGGCAGUAGCCAGGGAGCCAUGUAUGAGAGUGUCCUGAAAACUUCUUGUCAGAUAAUUGAAUCUGGCUGGACAAAGGACCGAGCUCCUGUGGAUACAUUCAUCCUUGGAUUAUCUGCAAGUAUCCGUGAGAGAAAUGAUUUUGAUGAGCAGGUUGAUAAAGAGAAGCAGGCAGUGCCUGCUGUGCAGCUUAAUCUAAUACGUCUAUUAGCUGAUUUAAAUGUGGCUAUCUGCAAGUCUGAGGUGUUGGACAUGAUAUUGCCUCUUUUUAUUGAGAUCUUAGAGGAGGGUGAUGGUGCAACUCCUAGUCUACUGCGACUCCGACUUCUUGAUGCUGUAUCUCGCAUGGCUAGUUUAGGUUUUGAGAAGUCAUAUCGUGAGACUGUUGUUCUGAUGACAAGGAGUUACUUGAGUAAAUUAUCAAAUGUUGGUUCUGCUGAAAGUAAAACUAUGGCACCUGAAGCCAUUACUGAACGUGUUGAGACUCUUCCUGCGGGCUUUCUUUUGAUUGCCUCUCAUCUCAAGAGUGCUAAGUUGCGAUCAGACUUUCGCCAUCGUUUGUUAUCUCUGUGUUCUGACGUAGGCCUAGCUGCUGAGUCCAAGAGUGGAAGGAGUGGAGCUGAUUUUCUUGGCCCUCUACUUCCUGCUGUUGCCGAAAUAUGUUCUGAUUUUGAUCCAACUACAGACAUUGAACCAUCACUUCUGAAGUUAUUUCGCAACUUGUGGUUCUAUAUUGCCCUCUUUGGAUUAGCACCUCCCAUACAGAAGGUUCAAACACCAGCAAAAUCAGUUUCCACUUCAUUGAACAGUGCAGGAAGCAUGGGUAAUAUUGCCAUUCAAGCAGUUGGGGGCCCAUAUAUGUGGAAUGCACUAUGGUCUUCUGCCAUCCAGCGUAUUGCUCAAGGCACUCCUCCCCUUGUUGUCAGCUCAGUAAAAUGGCUUGAAGAUGAGUUGGAACUAAAUGCACUCCACAAUCCUGGCAGUCGUCAAGGGAGUGGCAAUGAAAAGGUAGCUGUCAACCAGAGAGUAGCUCUUUCUGCUGCUUUAGGUGGGCAGGUUGAUGUUGCUGCAAUGAACACAAUUUCAGGUGUCAAGGCAAACUAUCUUCUUGCGGUAGCUUUCUUAGAGAUAAUUCGUUUCAGCAGUAAUGGUGGCAUUCUUAAUGGUUGCACUGCUGUGACAGCUUCUAGAAGUGCCUUUGGUUGUGUCUUUGAAUACUUGAAAACUUCAAAUCUAAUGCCAGCUGUCUUCCAGUGUUUGAAGGCAAUUGUGCACAGGGCAUUUGAAACAGCAGUAUCCUGGCUGGAAGACAGAAUAACUGAAACAGGCAAUAACGCUGAGACCAGAGAAUCAACUCUUUUUGCACAUGCAUGUUUUCUUAUCAAAAGUAUGUCACAGAGGGAGGAACACAUUCGGGAUAUUUCUGUGAAUUUGUUGACUCAGCUUAGAGAUAAAUUUCCUCAGGUUUUAUGGAAUUCAUCUUGUUUUGAUUCGCUGCUUUUUUCUGUUCAUGAUGACAUGGCUAAUACAACCGUUGUGAGUGAUCCUGCUUGGGCAUCAACUGUUCGCUCUUUAUACCAAAAAAUUGUUCGGGAAUGGAUUGUCUCAUCACUUUCAUAUGCUCCAUGCACUACCCAGGGUCUGCUCCAGGAAAAGCUUUGUAAAGCAAACACAUGGCAGAAGGCACAGCAUACAACUGAUGUGGUCUCUCUUCUAACUGAGAUAAGGAUUGGUACUGGUAAAAAUGAUUGCUGGUCUGGUGUACGUACAGCAAAUAUUCCUGCAGUCAUGGCUGCAGCAGCUGCAGCAUCAGGGGCAAAUUUAAAAGUACUAGAAGCAUUCAAUUUUGAGGUCCUCAGGACAGGGGUAGUCAGUGCUACAGUUAAGUGCAACCAUGCUGGAGAAAUUGCUGGCAUGAGAAGGCUGUAUAACAGCAUUGGUGGGCUUCAGCCUGGUGCUGCACAAACAGGUUUUGGAGGUGGUCUUCAAAGGUUGAUCUCUGGAGCAUUUUCUCAAGUUCCACAAACUGAUGAUGAUUCUUUUAAUGGGAUUCUACUUUCCAAGUUUGUGCAUCUCCUUCAACAGUUUGUUAACACUGCAGAGAAAGGUGGAGAAGUGGAUAAGUCGCAGUUUCGUGAAACUUGUUCUCAGGCAACUGCACUGCUCAUAUCAAAUCUGGCUUCUGAUACAAAAGCAAAUAUAGAGUGCUUUUCACAACUUCUACGGCUUCUUUGCUGGUGUCCAGCCUAUAUAUCUACACCUGAUGCAAUGGAGACUGGUGUUUUCAUUUGGACUUGGCUGGUUUCUGCUGCACCACAACUUGGGUCUCUUGUCCUUGCUGAGCUUGUUGAUGCAUGGUUAUGGACAAUUGAUACAAAGCGAGGUCUCUUUGCAUCUGAUGUGAAGUGCUCUGGACCUGCAGCAAAAUUAAGGCCACACUUGUCCCCUGGGGAACCAGAGAUGCCACCUAAUAUUGAUCCUGUUGAACAGAUAAUGGCUCAUAGAUUGUGGCUAGGGUUUUUUAUUGAUCGCUUUGAGGUAGUUCGACACAAUAGUGUUGAACAACUCUUGCUACUUGGUCGGAUGUUACAAGGAACAACAAGACUACCCUGGAACUUUUCACAUCAUCCUGCAGCCACUGGUACAUUUUUCACCUUUAUGCUUCUUGGACUUAAGUUCUGCUCUUGCCAAUCCCAAGGCAAUUUGCAGAAUUUCAGAACAGGGCUUCAGCUGUUGGAAGAUCGAAUCUACAGGGCUUCUUUGGGCUGGUUUGCUUAUGAGCCUGAAUGGAUUGAAAUGAACAGUAUGAAUUUUGCUCAAAGUGAGGCUCAGUCUGUCUCUGUUUUUGUUCACUUUCUCUCAAAUGAGAUGGUAGACUCACUUUAUUAUGAUUCAAACGGAUGUCCACGUGAGAAUGGGAGUUCCUUGGUUGACUCGAAUGAUCACUAUCACCCUGUCUGGGGCCAGAUGGACAACUAUGCUUUGGGUAGAGAAAAACGGAAGCAGCUACUUAUAAUGCUAUGCCAGCAUGAAGCGGAUAGACUUGAAGUCUGGGCACAACCUACUAACUCAAAGGAAAGUGUGUCUUCUCGCCCUAAAAUUAGCUCAGAGAAAUGGAUAGAAUAUAGUAGGACUGCCUUUGCAGUUGAUCCCCGGAUCUCUUUGUCCUUGGCCUCAAGAUUCCCAACGAAUUCUUAUUUGAAGGCUGAACUAACUCAGCUUGUUCAGUCAAACAUAUUGCACAUCCACUGUAUACCUGAGGCAUUGCCAUAUUUUGUCACCCCCAAGGCAGUUGAUGAAAACUCAGCACUUCUGCAACAACUACCUCACUGGGCUGCAUGUUCAAUCACACAAGCCCUUGAAUUUCUUACUCCAGCAUAUAAGGGGCAUCCACGUGUCAUGGCUUAUGUUCUGAGGGUUUUGGAAUCCUAUCCUCCUGAACGUGUAACCUUCUUCAUGCCACAGCUUGUGCAAGCUCUGCGUUAUGACAAUGAGAGGUUAGUGGAAGGAUAUCUGCUUAGAGCAGCUCAAAGAAGUGACUUAUUUGCCCAUAUUCUAAUAUGGCAUCUACAGGGUGAGGAGGCAGAAUCAGAACCAGGGAAAGAUGUUUCAACUGGAAAGGUGGUUGCUGUAGGAGUUGUGUUGUUGUGCAUGCUACCCAAAAGGUGGUUGUUGCAGGGGCUGAUGGGCUUUAGUUGCCCACUUGUUUAUUUCACAGGUACUGUGUCAAUAUCCAACCCAAAACCAUUUGGCAAUAGGGAAUUGGAGAAAAUACAAGUGGAGGGAGAUGACCUUUAUCUACCAACAGCUCCUAAUAAACUUGUUAGGGGUAUUCAAGUUGAUAGUGGAAUACCCCUGCAAUCAGCUGCUAAAGUUCCUAUCAUGAUCACAUUUAAUGUGGUUGAUAGAGAUGGUGACCCUAAUGAUAUAAAGCCUCAAGCUUGCAUCUUCAAGGUUGGAGAUGAUUGUCGACAAGAUGUUCUUGCUCUUCAAGUAAUAGCAAUUCUGAGAGACAUAUUUGAAGCGGUCAGACUUAAUCUUUACUUAUUUCCCUAUGGUGUUCUCCCAACUGGCCCAGAGAGAGGUAUAAUUGAGGUUGUACCUAAUGCAAGGAGCAGAACUCAGAUUGGUGAAACAAAUGAUGGUGGUUUGUAUGAAAUUUUUCAGCAAGACUAUGGGCCUGUUGGCUCUCCUAGUUUCGAAGCUGCGCGUAAAAAUUUUAUAAUUAGCAGUGCUGGGUAUGCUGUAGCCAGCCUUCUACUUCAACCAAAGGACAGACAUAAUGGCAAUCUUCUUUUUGACAACAUGGGAAGGCUUGUUCAUAUUGAUUUUGGUUUCAUCUUUGAAAUUUCACCUGGUGGAAAUAUGCGGUUUGAGAGUGCACACUUCAAGUUGAGCCAUGAGAUGACUCAAUUACUAGACCCAUCAGGCGUUAUGAAAAGUGAAACCUGGUACCAGUUUGUAAGCUUAUGUGUGAAGGGAUACCUUGCUGCCCGCCGUCACAUGAAUGGAAUCAUCAAUACAGUUUUGCUAAUGCUUGACAGUGGAUUGCCUUGCUUCAGCAGGGGUGACCCUAUUGGAAAUCUUCGCAAGAGAUUCCACCCCGAGAUGAGUGAGCGGGAAGCCGCCAAUUUUAUGAUCCGCGUCUGCACAGACGCCUACAACAAGUGGACAACUGCCGGUUAUGACUUGAUACAGUAUCUUCAACAAGGCAUUGAAAAGUAGAAGGGAAUCCUGGUAGUUCAUCUUCUAGUGUCCAUUGUUUCUAAUUUUCUAGCAUUUUUUUAUUUAGCUAGUUGCGAUUUUUCAUGUGGAAUCUGAAAACGGGAAACAGUUGGUCAAUGCUGAGGAAAAUUGUGGAAAACAGCGAGCUUAAGUUGCGUUGUUUGUGUUGGAAAAAGGAAAAAUGUUACGUUGUUUGUACCCUAGGGGUGGCAUCCCUCCUUAGGUCUACAAAAAAACAGUUUGUAGUUCCCAUUUUUACUAAUGAAGUAUUCUUCAUCUC